GCAAGGAAUUUAGAUAUAGCUCAAGUGGAAACGUUUUUACGUAGUAAGAAGUUCAGACGUUUCUAUAUUUUAGAAACAUUAUCAAAUGAUGAGAAAGUCAUUGUCAAAAUAAUCGGUUCGGAUUCAGUAUAA